AUGUCUUCGAAUAAUAGAGUAACAACAACGUCAUCACCUCCACCACCUUCACCUACACCAUCUGCAAAGAAGACUUAUAGACAACCUGUUGUACCUCCAACAUCACCAACUACAUUAGCAUCAGCAGCAGCAGCAGCAGCAGCAUCGACUUUGUCAUCAAUAUCAUAUGCACCAACACCUACAUUCACUACAACUCUAUCACCAACAUCAAUACCAACACCAACUCAAACUCCAACAACACCUACACCAUCCACUCCUACUAUACCAGCAGCAAGAAAGGACUACUCAAAGAUAUCAAACUAUGGCGUACACUCUGCACUUGUGCCGCCACAGUUGAUCGUCAAGUCACACGCAGACACUGAAUGGAACAAGUUGGUGGCGAGCAAGCAACAACAACAACAUCCGCAGCAACAGCCGCAGCAACAGAAGCAACAACAACAGAAACAGAGUACUACAACAAUGCCAAAGUUUGUAAACAAAGAGUUGGUGCUGCGGAACUUUCAUCAGCAACUAGAUGCUCUGCACUUCAAGUCACUGCCAUCGCCAAACAUUGAUGUCGGGAUGCUGCCUGCACUGCUGCAGCCACACAAGCCAAAGUUGUUAAAGAGUGAUCAGCCAAUGGAUAUCAAGAUGCCCAAGCCAGCAAAGGUUCCCAAGAAGAUUGAGAAGAUGAACAAUCGCGUGAUCAAGUAUCAUCAGGCUGACAUGGAGUUGCGCGGUGAGUGGACUGUUGCCGACGACAGACUGCUCAUCGACAUGGUGCAGCGAUUCCCCACACUGGCCCUGCUGCACGAGGAGGCGGGCCGCAUGCGCCAACUGCCCAGCGGACACGCCCGCUUCUCCUGCGACUUCACACUCAAGCAGAUCUCGGACCGAUGGCGACAGAUACUGUACAAUGAGCAGGCGGCGGACGAGGCGGCCAGCAUGAUGGCUAUACAUGGCAUUGGCGACAAAGACAGAAAGGUUUACUCGCGUGUGCCUCCCAUCUCAGACGUGGAGCUCAAGGCAUUGGCGAGUCUGCCAGCCAUCGACCUGAAUCGCGCGUCAUUCGAACAGUUGUUGCAUGGGGAGAACCGACCCUACUUCCACAGCAGUCGCACCACUGAUCAAGUUGAGAGUGCCUAUCGACGCAAGAUCCUCACAAACAGUCUCAAUCAGUUCCAUCCAUACAUCAAGUAUCUCAACAUCCAGAAGGAGCGAAUUGGUUCGAUCAUUGGCGAGAGGAAGAGGAAGAGUGAUGGGGAGCAGACAAGGACAUCAUCAGAUGGCAUGGACAAUGACAAGGGCAUUGACAUGGACAAGGCUGGCGAGCAACAUAUGAACCUGGAUGAUGAAGAUGGAUCGUCGUCAUAUGACAGGAUGUUCUCAUUCCUUUACAAGAAGGAUGUUGAACGACAGGACUCGGAUGUCCAUGCAUCAAACUGUUGGGAACAACUAUUGGCCAUACCUCCAAUGUCCGUGGAUGAGUUGGAGAAUGAUCUUAUAUUGAAUCCAUACAUGGAGAUACCAAAGUUCAUGUUGCGUAGUGACAAUCAGGAGGAGGAGAAGGAAGACCUAAAGUCAAUUGUAAAGGUUGAGAAAGAGUACAACACAGACAAGGAGAGGGACUUCAAAUCAUUGGCAUUGAUACGUGGCGAGAAUAUUAGAUACUACAUGAAGUCCAAGGAUAUCAUAAUAGGUAGAGGUCUAUCACCAAACAACCUUAUUGAUCUUGACCUACAGGAGGAGAAUGAUCGUAACUGCAACAAGGUAUCAAAGAAACAGGUAUGUGUCACACAACAUACACUCGCUCGCAUUGGACUCAUGUUGUCGUCAACUAUACCAACGUUGAACAACAAGGUGACCCUUCCUUUGGGAUGGGAUUGGACACACAUCAACUCAUGUUGGACAUUGGGUUGGACGAUCAGGGCACUUGGGAACACACCACGAUGGAAAUUUCGCCUUAUGUGA